AUGAACUUGCGUCUUUUCCCACUUUUUAUGCUCUUCUUAGCCGUAUCGCAGUUUUUUUGCGAGGACAACGACCUCCAAGAAGUCGAUGACUACUGGAUGAACAACAACCAAAUCCUGGAUGGCUGGAUAUCCACUGACCCAUUCAGAGAAAUUCUUUUAAGGAGAACAAGAAAGCCACGGCCACACCAGUUUGUCGGCCUGAUGGGGAAGCGCUCCAUGGCAAAGACAGAGAUUCCACGCAAAAGGCAUAAAGUCAACUCUUUUGUUGGUUUGAUGGGGAAGAGAGACCAAGAAGAGCCAGAUUCUCACGAGUGGAGCACAUUCCAGAUGUACGACAAGCGCCGCUAA